UUCUAUAUCUGCCACCGCUUUAUAUCGAUAUACCUAGAGGUGACACUUUAUCCGCAAGUCAUUUCAGCGUCAAGUCAUCCGGCAUUUGUUUGCAAUUUUUUAAAGGAAAUUAAGGAAAAACCACCAUGUUUUUGACCCGCUCCGAGUACGACAGAGGUGUGAACACCUUCUCGCCGGAAGGCCGCCUCUUCCAGGUGGAAUAUGCCAUUGAGGCCAUCAAAUUGGGCUCCACAGCGAUUGGAAUUUGCACUCCAGAAGGUGUCGUUUUGGCCGUGGAGAAGCGUAUCACAUCGCCGCUGAUGGUCUCCAGUACGGUAGAGAAGAUCGUUGAGGUGGACAAGCAUAUAGGAUGCGCCACCUCCGGCUUGAUGGCCGAUGCCAGGACCCUGAUCGAAAGAGCCCGCGUGGAGUGCCAGAACCACUGGUUCGUCUACAACGAGCGCAUGUCCAUCGAGUCCUGCGCCCAGGCCGUUUCCACCUUGGCCAUUCAGUUUGGGGAUAGUGGCGAUAGCGAUGGCGCCGCCGCCAUGAGUCGCCCCUUCGGCGUGGCCAUCCUUUUUGCCGGCAUCGAGGCUGGCCAACCGCAGCUCUGGCACAUGGAUCCGUCCGGCACUUUUGUGCGCCACGGAGCAAAGGCCAUCGGUUCGGGCAGCGAAGGUGCACAACAGAAUCUGCAGGACAACUUUACCACCACAAUGAAACUCGACGACGCCAUCGAACUGUCGCUGAAUACCUUGAAGCAGGUCAUGGAGGAGAAGCUGAACUCCACCAACGUGGAGGUCAUGACCAUGACCAAGGAGAAGGAGUUCUACAUGUUUACCAAGCAGGAGGUGGAGCAGCACAUUGCCAAGCUCAACGCGUAAGCACAAGGGACUUUUAAUUGGUUAACUUCAAAUGUAAUGUGAAUAAAUGGAUUCUAAAUCGAA